AUGAUAUCAUUAAAAAUUUUCCUUUAUUUUAAAAUAGAAAUUCCAAUGAUUAUUGACAAUGCAACAUCAUCACCAGUUGUCAUAAAUGAAUACGACAAUGUAACAAUGGAAUGUCAAGCUCGAGGUCGACCUGCACCUUAUAUAACAUGGUUUCGUCGAAAUAAAGAUGAAAAAAAUCAAAAUAAUCAAACAAAAUAUGAAAAUCAAGUUUUAACAAAUAAUACAGAUGGUCAUCUUUAUUUAAUUAAUGUUAGUCGUCGUGAUAUUGGUCAUUAUGAAUGUCGAGCAUCAAAUGGCGUCAAUGGUCAUGUUGUUAGCAAAGAUAUUGAAUUACGUGUUCUCUGUAAGUACAUAUACUUAAUUCAAAUGAAUAGACAUAGUCAUACAACAGAGUUUUAUUAA